CCUCUCUUUUUCUCUAUACUUGAACAUGUCCGAUGCACAGCGUAUGAUUUUAGAUCCUGCUAUUCGAAAUUGGGUCUUAAUACCCAUCAUGAUUGUCAUGGUCCUAGUCGGUAUUCUUCGUCAUCAUAUUACUAUGCUUAUUACAGGCACACCAAAAGCACCGCAACUAAAAGCUAUUCGAGAAUCAAAGGCCCUAUUACGUGGUUUACGUCUAAGAACAGUAGGCAACAGUAUCCCUCAGCAUGCAUUCAGCGUUCGUAAAGCAUACUUGGCUGAUGCUUUUGAAAAGGGAAAAUACCUCAAGAACCCUAAUGCUGCUAAAGAAGCCACAAAACCCGUGAAUCCAAUGAUGGAUCCUGACAUGAUGGACUCCAUGAUGGAAGGUAUGAAGAAACAAUUAAUGAACAUGGUACCCCAAAUGGUUAUUAUGGGCUGGAUCAACUUCUUUUUCCAAGGAUUUAUAGUCAUUAAGCUUCCUUUCCCCUUGACGCCUCGCUUUAAGCAAAUGUUGCAAAGUGGUGUGGAUACACGCGAUAUGGAUGUCACUUGGGUUUCUUCUUUGUCUUGGUAUUUCCUAAACUUGUUUGGUCUUGGAAGUGUGUUUUCUUUAAUCUUGGGUGGUGAGAAUGCUGCUGGUGUGGAUAUGACUGCCAUGAGUGCUAUGCCUGGUAUGAUGCCUGGUGCUAUGCCAGGUCAAGGUCAGCCUGGUCAACCUCAAGACUUUAACAAACUCUUUUUGGCUGAGAAGGAAAAUGUCAUGAUUACACCUCAUAUUUGGGAUUUGGAAGAUGUAGAAGAAAGACUAUUGAAAAAGUAUGGUAAAUCUGUUCAAACAAAAAAGAUAGAAGAGCCUAAGCAAAAGAAAGAAUUGACUAUCAAAAACAAGAUCAGGGCUGCUCAGCAAAAAAGACGAUAAU